GAGCAGAUGUGAAGAGCCAGGGGAGGGGAGGGGAGGGAAGGGAAGGGUAGGGUAGGAGAAUAUGGAGGAGGAGCAUGAAGUGUAUGGAGGCGAUAUUCCUGAAGAAGUGGAAGGCGACAUGGACGGAGACAUGGAAAACCAUAUUCUUCCCCACGACGUGGACAUGGGCAAGGCCGAUGAAGACACUGAUGCUGCUGCCAAGGAGCUGGAAGAGAUGAAGAAGAGGCUUAAGGAGAUGGAAGAAGAAGCAGCUGCCCUCCGAGAUAUGCAGGCCAAGGUCGAAAAGGAAAUGGGCGCUGUUCAAGAUCCCGCUGGAGCAGCCGCAGCCCAGGCGAGCAGAGAAGAAGCUGAUGCGCGUUCCGUUUUUGUUGGCAAUGUUGAUUACUCAUGCACUCCAGAGGAAGUACAGCAGCAUUUUCAAUCUUGUGGUACAGUGAAUCGAGUUACAAUUUUGACAGACAAGUUUGGUCAGCCAAAAGGGUAUGCUUAUGUUGAGUUUGUCGAGCUUGAGGCGGUUCAGAAUGCUCUUCUUCUCAAUGAGUCUGAACUGCAUAGUCGCCAGUUGAAGGUUACUGCUAAAAGAACAAAUGUUCCAGGAAUGAAGCAGUUUCGAGGGCGAAGGUUCAAUCCCUAUUUUGGUUUCCGCCCACGAAGACCUUAUAUUCCGCCAUAUUUUUACUCUCCUUUUGGUUAUGGGAAAAUGCCUAGAUUCAGGCGGCCCAUGCGAUACAGGCCUUACUACUGAAGGCAUGAAAGUUUAGAGGGCCUUUACAUCAUCUAUUAUAUGUUUCCUAAUCAAAACAUGAUAUAUUCUUGACUUGCACGGCUAGUUGGCUAUUACAAUUUAUAGAAUAUACAAAAGGAUUUCAUCUCAGUAUCAUGUUAUUUACAAUCUACGAGUGUUGGAGUUGGCUACAUUUGAUGUUGUACCUUUGUGAUUAUAACCGAUCUAAGACUUUGAAUUCUAUAAUAAUUUACAACCUAGAGUGUUGGAAUUGGCUA